AUGCAUCUCAAUUUCUUUGAAGAUGGCAAACUUGGCAAAACUGGAAUUUGCUACCAUGGACAUUUCGAGGACAACUAUCUAUCAUGGGUCUUGGAUGCCAAAAUCCAUCUACGUGCCAAUGGCCUUGGAAAAACAAUUGUAGAUGGAAGUGAUGCAUUACCUGAGGAAAAUGCAAAGGCUAUGAUUUUUCUUUGUCGUCACAUUCAUGAAGCACUGAAAAACGAAUAUGUGGUGGUUGAUGAACCAUUGGUUAUGUGGAAAGCCUUAUGCGAAAGAUACAAUCACUAG